AUGUCGGGGCUCUACUCCCGGGCAGCCGCGUCGGCGAGAGAGCUUCUCUACUCUGAUAUACUUGAUCCUGCAACGCAGGCUGGGCGCGGGAAGAUCAACGUGAAGCGGCGGGUUUAUCGCGAGGGGAAUGACGCAAUUCGAGCCAUCAUCGACAAGGCCCUCGCAAAGACACGAGCAGUACAACACCAUCAGCAACAGUCGCCGUGCGCGUCUAAACGCGUUUUACGGCCACGGAGCCGCCCCACUACCGCACGGCGCCCAAUGUCGUCACGGCAGCCACGCCCACUGCGACAGCAUGACGCAAGCAGCGCACGGGACGGUGUGGGACGCACAUCACAUGCAACCCACGGACAUGCGGUGAGGCAACAACAGCAACAACAAUUACAACAACUACAACAGCAACAUCAUCACCAAGCGCCCGUUGCGAGUGCGGAUGUGCGAUUGAGGGCCGUUGCAAAACCGCCAACGCUGUCACCGCGCUCGUGCAGACGUGGCCGCACCCGUGAUGGUGGUGAUGGUGAGCAGGGUGAUGAUGGUGGUGGUGAUGGUGGUGAUGAGAAUGGUGACACGGGUGGUGGUGGUGGUGACGACAGCGGUGGUGGAAGUGAUGAUGAGGACUAUGCUGAUGAUGACGAAGACACGGAGGCCCAGGAUACAAUUCAACGACAACAACAGCAGCAGCGGCGGCGGCAAUGGCGUUCAAGUCAAAGACAAGCUGCUCUUGUUCGUCCUCCACCAAGUCUCCAAUAUGGACAGCAGGACCAGCUGUUGUCCCUCCGACCAACGCGCUCCACAAUGGACCGCCGCCAGCGUCUGCCGGAUAAUCGAUUACCGACGACAUCACAGCAGUUGCACGCACGCGCAAUCCUGACAAGUGCAUAUGCACCCCGACUGAGACCACGCCGCACGUCGCAGCCUGCCGAUUCGCUGCGCAUCAGCGGAUAUGGCGGGAAGCCCGCGUCGCAAACCCACACCAGCACCUCAUCGUUGUGA